AUUCAAGCCCUGCAAUCGAGAAAAAUCGGUGAAUUUCUAUAAACAAACAAAUAAUUAAAGAAAUUGAAAAAUAUGACGGAUAAGACGAGUGAAUUACAAGCAAUUAAGCAAGAAUUAAUUGCAUUAAAAGAUACAGCAACAAAAGAUCGCGUGAAAAAUUUGCUACAAAAGGAAAUAAAUAGUAUUGACAAUGAAAUUAGAGAGAUUCAAAUGAAGCAAUUGGCUAAAGAAGAAGCAUCAAAAGCACCGACAAAGAUAACUGUAGAUAUUAAGGAACACGCAUUUGAUGAGUCAGACAAGUUUGUGAAGCUUUACAUUCCGUUCGAUGCUACACAAAUAAAGGAUGAAGAUGUUCAACUAGAUUUAAAUGAGGAUUCAUUUUCCUUAGUGAUUCAAACCCCGAACAAAAAUCAUCGAUUUGUUGCCACUUCACUGCUCAGAACAGUCAAUGUUGAAAAGAGCUACAAAAAAGUUAAGUCUGACAUGGUUUCUGUGUACUUAAAAAAGGUUAAGGAAGGUGAAAAUUGGGGAUGCUUAACAAAAACUGAGAAGAGAUUAAAGGAAAGCAAAAGUAAAAUGUUUGAUAAGAAUGAUGAAGAUGCAGCCGAUUCAGGAAAUCAGUUGAUGAAUAUGAUGAAGAAAAUGUAUGAGACUGGUGAUCCAGAAAUGAAAAGAACAAUUGCCAAAGCCUGGACAGAAGGACAAAAUAAGCAGAAAGAAUUUCCAAUGUGAAUUUAAAGAUGUCUCUCUCUAGAACUUGAGAUAUAUCUUGUAUUAAUUACAAACUUCCUUUAAAUCACUAAAUAAAGUACCGUAUUUUUUAAAUUCAAAA